UUCAAGGUUUUGGCCUGGAAGACUUUUAAAACAGGACAAAACCCUUUCCCCAAAGCCAUCAGAGAGAUGUCCUAAGGGCAGAGAGCUGCUUCCAAGAAAUGGCUCGAAGUGCCAUUAUCAAGUGGAGACGGGGGCUCUGGGGGAUUUUGGGGUCAGCAAAUAUCAAGCAGCAACUCCGCAGAGCUGCGGCGGGGAUUUCCCACGAGGCCCCGCCCCCAGCUGAGUCACCCAACUCCAGCCCUUGACCUGCAGCCCCUCUCUGAGCGUCAGAAGCUCGCUGCUCUGAAGAUCGAGGAGUGGAAAGUGGAAACUCUGCACCAGCCCCGAGAUCUCAAGAGUGGUAUUUGCGAAACCCGGUACUUUGAUUAAAAUCCUCCUGGAAUCUGCCUUGCUUGUUUCAUACCUAUGCAAGAUUUCAUCAUGGGCAGUGGCUACUACAACAUCAUGGCUACUGUGUUGUUGGUCGUGAAUUUGGAGAGGUCAAGAUCAAUGCAGGAUUCCUGUAGCAAAUGCCCAGCUGGUACUUUCUGUGGGGGGAACAAGAGUCAGAUCUGCAUUCCAUGCCCUUCAAAUAGUUUCUCCAGCACCAGUGGACAAAGGGCGUGCAACCUAUGCAGGCAGUGUGCAGGUGUUUUCAGGACCAAGAAAAUGUGUUCCCCCACCAGCAAUGCAGAGUGUGAGUGCAUCUCGGGAUUCCACUGCUUGGGGGAAAGGUGUGCCAUGUGUGAGCAGGAUUGCAAACAAGGCCAAGAAUUAACCAAAGAGGGUUGUAAAGACUGCUUCUUUGGGACAUUUAAUGACCAGAAACAUGGGAUGUGUCGACCCUGGAAAAACUGCUCACAGGAUGGCAAGUCCGUACUUGUGAACGGGACCAAGGAGAGUGACGCGGUGUGUGGCCCAGCUUUGGCCGACUUCUCUCCGGGCACGACCUCUGCCACCCUGCCUGUCCCUGCAACAGACCCAGGUCAUGCCCCCCAGGUCAUCAUCUUCUUCCUCGCACUGAUGUCGGUUGCCGUGCUGUUCCUGGUGUUCAUCCUGGCUCUCCGCAUCUCUAUCGUUAAACAUGGCAGAAAGAAACUCCUGUAUUUAUUCAAACAACCGUUUAUGAGACCAGUACAAAGGGCGCAAGAGGAAGAUGCCUGUAGCUGUCGAUUCCCAGAAGAAGAAGAGGGAGAGCGUCAGCUGUGAGGCUGACGUCCGGGCGCCGCUGCGACGACUUGAGGAGAAUCAGCGCAGAAGCACAAGUGAUCCCACCGCCACAGAUUUCUGAACUGAAAAGCGCCAUCCUAGAUAAGACUCAGGGUUACCCUCCCCCCGGGUUUUCUCAAAAGCUAACAGGUUGGCCUUUAAAAAUGUGUCCCUUUGAAGGGGACGUGUGGGACAACGCUAGUGGUGGUAAAGGGGCAUUUUUCUAGAUAAUGUUUAA